CAAAAUGCAAUUUACCAGUAAAAAAGCGGGGAAGUCGUCCAUCGUCCGUCAUCCGAUAACGUAGACACUGGUGACGUCGACGUAGGGGGAAAAGGUAAUUUGGGGAAGUAGGGCCGACGGAGGAAUCCAGAAGAAGAAGAAGAAGACAAGUUUUGGGAAUCAAUUCAACACAUUCUACCGGAGUUCAAAAUACUAGUUGAGUACAUUUGGAAGUAAAUCCUCAAUCAUCCGCAUCGUCGGCCUGUAUUCUAUUCAUUUGAUGGAAUAGUGAGAUCAGAACAAGUGUCAGGUAAUAACUCCAGCUUGAUGGUUUACUGUUGUUGGUGUUAAAUGUUUAAAUAGAACGAGCUGCAAAUGUAACUUAUUGAAUUAGCAGUAUUGUCAGAAGAAUGGCCAGCUCUGUUUUCUGGAAAUCAUGGAUUAGAAUUGGUAGCGACUUGGUAGUGGUUCCACCCUACAACCGUUUUUCAUGGCGCUGCUGUUGCUAUCGCACUGCGAGAUGGUAUAAGCAGCCGAACUGUCUAGCAGCUACUGGCAAUAAUAAGAUAAACUUUUGUGCCAAACCAUCCUGGGUUACUAGUUUGAGUAAUGAUAUUUGGUGGGGGAAUAGUGAUAGCAGGAGAUGUUGUGGAAGCAAUGUCAAUGGCAGUACUAAUGGGAACUACAAAUCUGAUUAUUUGAGAAUUUCGGAUGAGGAAUUAAUGAGCCAAUGCGAGAUGGACACUUUCAAAGCAUCUGGGCCAGGGGGACAACACCGGAACAAGAGAGAGUCUGCUGUUCGUCUCAAGCAUACUCCCACCGGCAUCAUUGCACAGGCUGUGGAAGACAGAUCCCAGCACAAGAACCGUGCAUCAGCUUUAUCUCGUUUGCGCACCUUAAUAGCUCUCAAAGUCAGGAAUCCUGUGGAGCUUGAUGCGUAUGUACCGCCCCAAGAGCUUCUUCAAAUACUUCCUGCAAGCUCCACCCUAAGGGGUUCUCGCUCAGGGCCUCAGAUUGGACCAAACAAUCCCAAAUAUGUGCUGGGAUUGCAAGCGUUGCUUGAUUUGAUUUUCGCUGUUAAUGGCUCUAUCAAAGAUGCUGCGGUAAUGUUGGGGUACGUGCUCAGUAAACCUUAGUACGUUACAUUUAUGCCAAAAAGUUAGGCAGCAAAUUUUUCAAAAUUUUCUUAUCCAUAUGUCAUGCUUCUUAAUGCCCCCCCCCUUCUCUCUCUCUCUCUCUCUCUCUGUCUUUCAUUAUCAUUUUUUAAAUGCUUUCUCUAGGUUGAGUACAGGAGCUCUAUCUCGGCUGAUCUUAUCAGACGAUUCGUUGAGAAUGGCAGUGAAUGAAUUUAGGGCUUCAAAGGUGAGAAAAUUCUAACCACUAAGUGAUAAUAAUAAUCAUUUGUCCUCGAAUUUUGCUCAUAAAUAGAAUAUACCGAUCUGAAUGAGUUCCAACCGUUUCAUAUCUUCUGAGUUGUUUGAUGCAAAAAUAUGCAGAGUAUGAAGCCUCUCAAAUAGGAUUACAUGAGAAACAGUGGGCAGCAGCAGCAAGUACUUGAUAAGAACUGAUGCAAGGUAACUUACUGUGUAUCUUUCGGGAUUUCAGUUGCUGUAGAAGUGCAAGGAAGCGAGUUUUAAAUUUCAUGAGGUUCACAAAUUAUGCACACCUCAAUGUUCACCAUGACAAGAUCUUUGAAGCAAUUUUGGUUAACAAAUUUAUGUAGUUAACUUUCUAGAUGUUUUUUUUUUUUUUAAAGAAAGGAAUGCCUUUCUUGAUUGAUACUUUCUCGAGGUAGCUCGCCUAACAAAUUAAAAAAAUUAACAACUUGUUAGUGAUGAGCUAAGCAGAAAGAAUGAUGGUGUAACACUCUGAGUUGGACCAGAAAAUGAGAAAAGGAGAACUGAAAAAGAAGAUUUUGGACAGCAAGAAAGUAAAGGAGAACGUUGCAGGAUUUGCCUUGUGGUCACUCAAACUAGUCUUUUCUAAAAAGAUUUUGAGUAAAUUAAGCUCGCUGUUGGCUUAAAGUUUUAAUCAUUACCAUUUUGCACCCGGAAUCUAAGUGUACACAUCGAAAGUAAUUUAGUUUAAAUUUGUGAGUUGUAAAUAUGACUAUGAAGAACUAAUAAAUACUACCUCCGUCCCACAAAAAUAGUUAACGUGGACUAUUUUUGUGGGACGGAUG